AUAUUUGAACAUAAUAUAAUCGAUUAAAGUUUGCCUAAAAACAAUAAUUUAAUAUUUUUUUGUUGAAAAAAUUAAUGUGAGCAAAUUAUUUCGCUAAUAUAGCUGAGUCGAGCAAAUUUGACUCUAUUAAAAUUUUUUUUUAAUUUAUUUUGACUAUUUUCCUGUGCUGAUCUGUGGGUGGUCUCAACAGCACUCUAGGAGCUGAGGAUUUCUUUUUUUUUCAAAAUAAAUAAACUAUCGAAACCUCAGCGUGAACAGAAUCAGAAGCAUCCUUACAACGGUAGAAAGAAAACAUUGUAUCUGAGUGAAUAGGAAUAAAUAAAACAAACGUUUAUCAUAUCUUGUCAGGUCCAAAUUUCGUUAAACGAACAAGUUUACAUGUAGUUGUUGCUACAACCCUUCAAAUUACACUCAGAUAUUAGCAAUUACUGCAUUAUUUUUUUGAGAUUGGAACAAUUUCGUGACCAGUUAGAAUAGACAGUUAGAAUAAAUUUAAUAGUGAAUAUAAGUACAUAAAACAUUUGAAAGCAAUAAGAUAUUCUAUAACUAGCAGUAUUAACAUCGUCUCAUUGUUACUUAUUGUUAGUUUAAUUUUACAAUAGUAUUUUUUACAUCAUUCAUUUUCUUCUUAGAAAGCUACAGCAGAUAAGACUUUUAUUACCUGUUCUAUACAGAUGGCAGAAAGUCUUGAUUUGAAUUUUCCUGUUUGGGGUCUUCUUCCAAAAAAAGAGACAGGUGUAACCCAAUUUCUUACUAAAUAUCCUUUCUAUGAUGGGAGGGGUACAAUUAUUGCUAUUUUUGAUUCUGGUGUUGAUCCAGGAGCACCAGGCUUACAGAUUACGUCAGAAGGAAAGCCCAAAAUCAUUGAGAGAUUUGACUGUAGUGGUCAUGGGGAUGUUGAUACCAGCAAAAUUGUUAAAACUAUUGAUGGUUAUUUAAUCGGUAUAACUGGACGACGCUUAAAGAUACCAUCAAUGUGGAAUAAUCCUUCAGGAGAAUUUCAUCUUGGAAUUAAAAGUGCCUAUUCUUUGUAUCCUAAUAAAUUGCGAGAACGAAUUGAAACAGCAAGAAAAAAAAAAUUUUGGGAUGAAGGACAUAAAAAAGCUUUGGUUGAAGCAACAAGGGUUUUACAGGAAUUCGAAAGUAAAAAUGGGCAAAUAUCAACUGUACAAGAGAAAUUAAUUAAAGAAGAUCUUGAAGCACGUAUUGAAUAUUUGACAAAUUUAGAAAAAAAAUAUAAAGAUCUUGGUCCUAGUUAUGACUGCAUUGUUUUUCAUGAUGGUAAAAUGUGGAGAGCCUGCAUCGACACAUCUGAACAAGGUGACUUGGCUUCUGGUGUAUAUCUUGGUGAAUAUACAUUCACAAAAGAAUAUGCUCCACUCACAAAAGAUGAUCAGUUAAAUAUUUCUAUAAAUGUACAUGACGAUGGAAAUAUAUUGGAAAUAGUCAGUCUUUGCUCUCCUCACGGUACUCAUGUUGCUUCUAUUGCUGCUGGUCACUUUCCGGAUAAUAAAGAAUUAAAUGGUAUAGCACCAGGUGCUCAGAUUAUUUCUUUAACUAUUGGCGAUGCUAGAUUAAAUACAAUGGAAACUGGUAGUGCAGUUGUAAGAGCAAUGAUAAAGGUGAUGUCAUAUAAAGAGAAAGUACAUGUUAUCAAUAUGAGCUAUGGAGAACGGGCUCAUUGGUCGAAUGCAGGAAGAAUUGGCGAACUAAUGAAUGAAGUGAGUGAUACAUUUGGAGUUACAUGGGUGACAUCUGCUGGUAAUCAAGGUCCUGCUCUGUGUACGAUAAAUACACCUCCAGAUAUAAACUCAAAUUGUAUUAUUGGAGUUGGUGCCUAUGUUUCUCCUGAUAUGAUGAUGGCUGAGUAUUCAUUAAGAGAAAAAUUGCCAGGAAUGCCUUACACUUGGUCAUCCCGAGGUCCUUUGAUUGAUGGUGGAUUAGGUGUGAGUGUAUGUGCACCAGGUGGUGCCAUUACGAGCGUACCCAAUUUUACUUUGAGAAAGUGCCAACUAUUAAAUGGAACAAGUAUGGCAAGUCCACAUGUAGCUGGUGUCGUAGCAAUUCUGGUAUCUGGACUUAUACAAAAACAAUUGAAAUUUUCGCCUUACAGUAUAAAACGUGCCCUCGAAAAUACGGCACAUUUUGUUACUACGCUCGAUCCUUUUGCACAGGGCGCUGGGUUAGUUCAAGUGGAGCAGGCUUUUGAUAACCUUGUUGCAACAGCGAACAGCUCUGAGCGAGAUAUUAGAUUUGCAAUAAACUGUGGACCACACAAUGCAAAAGGGAUUCAUUUAAGAGCAGGUGUUAUAGAUCGUGCUAAAGAUUAUGCUAUCACUAUAGAGCCAAUUUUCAUGGAUACUGACAGCAUUGAUCCGGCACGAAAAAUUGACUUUAAUAUGAGACUUGCCAUGGUAUGCGAUGCGGCUUGGAUACAUUUUCCGACACAUUUUAAUUUAAUGCACAUGUCAAGAGCAUUUGCAGUCCGAGUUGAUGCAGCAGCAUUACAAGAAGGUGCUCACUUUACAAGUAUACGAGCAUUUGACGUUACCAAUGUGAACAAAGGACCAAUAUUUCGCAUACCAAUAACUGUUGUUCAGCCUUCGUUACUUUCGAAAAUCACAGCAUUACCUGAUCUUAUGUAUACCAAUGUUCAAUUUAAACCAAACACUAUUCGUAGACAUUUUAUUCUUAUACCUGACGAUGCUACGUGGGCAGUUUUAAGACUAAAAACAUCAGAAAAAGACAAAACCGGUAGAUUUGUUAUACAUGCAGUACAAUUGAAACCGCGCUUAUCAACGAAAACUUUGGAGUUUAAUAAAAUGGUUAAUGUUACCUCCCAGUCAGAAACGGUACAAGGUUUUUCUUUGCAAGGUGGAUUGAUUCUUGAAGUUGCUAUAGCUAAAUAUUGGGCGAAUUUAGGCGACAUACUCAUUGACUAUACUAUGGAAUUUCAUGGUAUUCGCUUGAUUAAUGGUGAUUUAACUAUGCAGUCUGGAGAUGGUAUUCAUCGUCUUGAACUUCGUAGCUCACUUAGAAAUGAAGAAAUAACACCAAAUAUUCUAUUAAAAAACUUUGUCCAGGUUUUAAGACCUAUCGAUUCUAAAAUUAAACCUUUGCGGAUACGUGAUGUUAUACCUCCAGCACGGCAAAUCUUGGAACUGUUACUGACAUAUACAUUUCAUAUUAUGAAAACAACGGAAAUAAUGCCCAAUGCUACUCUCAUAAGCGAAUUGCUAUAUGAAAAUGAAUAUGAGAGUCAAUUAUGGAUGAUAUAUAAUUCUAAUAAACAACUAAUACAUUGUGGCGAUGCUUAUCCAACAAAAUAUAUCUUACCGAAAAUAGAAAAAGGUGAUUAUACAUUAAAAAUGCAAAUACGUCACGAAAAAAGGGAUUUACUUGAUAGAUUAACAGAAAUGCCUCUAUUAUUAGUGCAAAAACUUGGUAAAGAGAUUAAUUUAGAUAUUUACGCUAGUCAUUUACAAGCAUUAGCUGGAGGUAAAAAAAUGAUUUCUGCUUCAAUUCCACCUGGUCAUAUACUACCACUAUAUAUAGCUCCUUUAGCCAAUGAAAGCAAAAUAUCAAAAGGAGCUACGCUAGGCGCAUAUCUACAAGGUAUAAUAUCUUUCUGUAAAGAUGAAAUUGGCAAUCGAGUAGAUACGCAUAUAUUCAAGUUUAUAUUAUCGGAACCAAGUAAAAAGACUCAGAAUAACGAAUAUGAUAAAGAUAAAACUAAAUGGGAUGAAUUUAAUGAAGCUUUACGCGAUUUAAAAUGCCACUGGCUUGCCAAGUUGGCUCCAUCAAUACAGCCAGGGGAGUGUGCAAAGGAGUUAUACAACGAGUUGCGAGCCGAAUACCCGGAUUAUUUGGCAGUUCAUAUAGCCAUGCUAAGUUCGCUAGACUCAUCAGAUGCACCGAGAAUCGUACCUAAUGAUGAACUUUCUGAAACAAUACUACACUUCACCAAUCAGAUAAUAACAGUUGCUGAUGAAGUUCUUAAAUCGAUUGAUCAAAAACAGUUACUUGAAUAUUAUGGACUCAAAUGUGAUCAAAGGCCAGAUGCCUUGAAAAUCAAAAACAGUAUGGAUAAACAAAGAAAUUGGCUUCUAGAGGCUCUGGUUAAAAAGGGUUGCGCUCUCGCUCGGCUCUAUAUACAAGCUAAUAGUAAAAAUGAGCCAACUACUGUUACAGAAUCUCUUAUGUCCAGCAUUAAUGAGAUUUGGAAUGAAACCCAAAAAUUUGUUGAACCUAAUGAUCCUAAGUUGAUUAAUUUUUCGCUUUGGCAUGCCCACGUUAACAAACACUACGGAAGAUAUUUGAAAUUGUUGGUACGCUAUUAUGAAGAUAAACCUAUCAAGGAAAUUGAUGAAAAAUGUAUUGAUAUAGCUAAAACUCUUGGAUGGAACUAUUUGGCCCGUCACAUUAACACUAGCAUACCUAUCAAAUAUCCUUACGCUUAUGUUUUAUUUUAAGCUUUUAAAUGCAGUCGUUUCAUUUUGAAUUUUACGUUAACAUGGAUGGUAUAAGGCUUUUCGAAAUAUUUCCAAGAAACCAUAUUUGAAUGUUACUUAAUGCAAAUUUGAUUAUGAUACAUUUUUGAUUAUUAGAUAGUAUAUUCAUGAUCAUAUAAAUAUCGCUUCAUAUGUCUUUAAAUAAUCAUUAUAAAUUAUCAAAAAUAUUUCAAUAUUACAUAUAUAUAUAUAUAUACGUACGCGCGCAAAUAUUGAUUUCAUAACUUUGAUUAAAGAUCUCUCCGUAAAACAUACAUUUUUAUCAAUUAACGAUCUUGAAAGUAUCUACGAGUAGUUCGUACUUCUUUGACUUACAGAUUUUUUAUGCACAUAUAACAUAUAAUAAUUAUAUUUUUUCGAAUACAAACUAUCGGAUGGAGUUAUUUCAUGUAUAUGACUACAUAUCGUUAACUUUCUAUUUGUCUCUGUUAAAUUCUAUUAAACAAAUUUAUGAUUUACACCAAAUUAAUGUAUCCUUGAUCCAACCAUUAUAUUUCAGUGAAGUAUUUAGGUUCUAAUAAAUAUUUUCAUGACAUUUCUAAGUUGUAAUAAUUUGAUUCUAUACAUUUAAUAUAUGUUAGAUGCAAAAUUUUUUAUUUAAAGUAUUACUGACAUAAGUAAAUCUCUUUAAAAAAUACGUGAAUGUAAGAUCUCAACAUCAUUUUGUUGAGAUUAUCGCAAAAUCACUGAAAAUUCGAUUUGAAAUUCGGUGAAAUUUUAUACAUGAAUGAUUUUUAACUACCUUGAUGGGCCUUAAGACAGUGGAUGACGGAUUUGUUUUUAAUUUAAUGCUCUCGU